AUGCAGCAGCAGCAGCUGCUGCAACAGCAGCAGCAGCAGCUGCUGCAGCAACAGCAUCUCGAGGCUGCACUGACGGUUCAAGAGAUGCAUCUGCAGCAAGCAGCAGCACCCAGCGACCCCGAUGAGUACUGGCGGGUGCAGAUGGCAGCAGCAGAAGCAGCAGCAAAAGUAACACCCGAAACUGCAGCAGCAGUAGCACAAGGGGAAGCUGCAGCAGAAGAAGCUGGAGCAGAAGCAGCAGCAGCAGAAGCAGCAGCAGCAGUAGACGCAACAGCAGAAGCAGCAGCAGAAGCAGCAGCACCUGCUGCUGCAGCCAAAGCAGCAGAAAGAGAAACAGCAACAGCAGAAGCAGCAGAAUCUGCUGCGCCGCGGGAGGAGUGUACAAAACCAGCAGCAGCUGCGGCAGAAGCAGCAGCAGCAGCUCUUGAGACAGCAGCAGCAGCAACAACAACAACAACAGCUGCUGCUGCAUCCGCAGUGCCCUCACCAUCAUUAGGUGUACAUACUGAAGACUUGCUGCAGCGUGAUCAGCAGCAGCAGCAACAGCAGCAGAGGCAGAAGCAGCAACAGCAGCAAGACCCUCAGUGCAGCACUCCUCCGUCUUUGCCUGUCUCUCGUCGGUGUAUUUCAGCAGCAGCAGCUGCGGGGGCGGCAGCAGCAGCAGCAGAGGCGACUGCAGCAGCAGCAGCAGCAGCAGCAGCAGAAGCAGCGGGGAUGCAGCGGCAGCAGAGCCGCUCUUCUGUCUCUGUUUGGCUGUAUGAACGGCUGGCUCUGCUGGAGCAGCAAAUUAAAGCACAGCAAGAGCUGCAUCACAAGGAGAUAGCUAAUCUCAGAACAAGCCACGAGGUGUCUCUUUCGCUUGCACUCCGCGGAGCCAGCAGCAAGGAGACAGCAGCACAAAUAGCAGCAGCAGCAGCAGCAGCGCGACAGCUCCCUUGCAGCAGCUGCUGUCGCUGGCUGCAGCAGCAGCGGCAGGAGCAGCAGCAGCAGCACCAACAGCAGCAGCACCAACAGCAGCAACAGCCGCAGCUACUUUGUAGCCGUAGAAGUAGCAUAGCGCGGAGAGGCAGCCCCUCCAGCAACAGCAGCAGAACGGAAGAGGGAUCAGCAGCAGCAGCAGCAGCAGCAGCGGGAGUAACAUCAGCAACUGCUGCAGCAGCAGCAGCAGCAGCUGCUGCUGCUGGUGCUGCUGCUGGUACAGCAGCAGACUCACCAACAGCUUCGCCUGUUUCGGUCUCCUCACAUGAGGCCCCACCCGGGGCACAAAACCACAGCAGCAGCAGCAGCAGCAGCAGCAGCAGCCGGUGCAGCAGCUGCAGCUGCCAUCGCCACCGCUGCAACAAGAGCAGCAGCAGCAGCAGGAGCAUAGAAGAAGCCAGCGGGGCACGCGAAGAGAGCGGCAUGCAUCUCUCCGCUUCUGCUGUUGCUGCUGAUCCUGCUGCUGCUGCUGCUGCUGCUGCUGGUGUGCCGUUGAACAACAGCGAAGGGGAAGACAGGCCGCAGCAGCAGCAGCAGCAGCAACAGCAACAGCAGCAGCAACAGCAACCACAACAGCACCAGCGGCAGCAGGCGCACGAUCAUCCGCGGCAGCAGCAGCCGCAGCAGCCUCAGCAGCAACCGCAGCAGCAGCAGCAGCAGCAGCAGCAGGAGAGCAUCAGCUGGAGGCAAGGGCAUGAGGACGUGGCUCAACAUGCAGACAGCUGUUUGCUGCUGCAGCAUUUGUCUCUCCUCAUCUGCAAGCACUGCGGCAGCAAAAUCAGGAUGCAGCAAUCGCUGCAGCAGCAGCAACAGCAGCAGCAGCAGUUGGAUGUCAGCUCGCCACAGCUGCUGGUCACAAUGCAACAACAACAGCAGCAGCAGCAGCAACAACAGCAGCAGCAACAGCAGCAGCAGCACCAGCAACAGUGGUAG